GAAAGGAAAAUCUGGAGUGGGAAAUGGCCUGGAGUUAGCCACAAGUACAAAGACAUGCCAACCACUUAAAUCCUCAAAAACUUACGUGAUUCUUUGUCUAAACUAAUACCGCAAUCCCUUUUCACACUCUUCAACUCCGUAAAUAUCAGUAACUGACUUGCUGUUCAGUUAUUGUAUAUUCAAUGUCUUCUUCGUGUGCCGUAUCUCUUACAUUGAGGUCAGAUCCAUUAAGUUCCACCAACACCACCACCUUCACUUUCCCCACAAGACUACCUCAGUACAGUAAAGGAAGCAAAUGUGUGAUGAACAGGAGAGAUUUUGCUUUUAAAGGAAUUGUAGCUUCUGGAGUUUCGGUCACGGGUUCUUCUAUGGUGUCUGAACCUGUUCAAGGGCUUGAGAGGUUGCCUUUUAAGCCAGAAGGCUAUAAUUAUUGGACAUGGAGAGGCCACAAAAUACAUUACUUGGUGCAAGGUGAAGGCUUGCCUAUUGUUCUCAUUCAUGGUUUUGGGGCUUCUGUAUUUCAUUGGAGAUAUAACAUACCUGAGUUGGCUAAAAAGUACAAGGUUUAUGCUUUAGACUUGUUAGGUUUUGGAUGGAGUGAUAAAGCACUUAUCGAGUACGAUGCUGUUGUAUGGAGAGAUCAAGUAGUCGAUUUCAUGAAGGAGAUAGUGAAAGAGCCAGCAGUAAUAGUCGGAAACAGCCUUGGAGGGUUUGCAGCUUUGAUGUCUGCGGCAGAGUUGCCUGCACAAGCUACUGGAGUUGUAUUGCUUAAUUCUGCUGGACAGUUUGGAAAUGCAAAUGAAUUAUCUAACAAGACGGAAGAAUCAUUUUUACAAAAAAAUAUCCUGAAACCACUGAAAGAAAUUUUCCAGCGCAUCGUUCUUAAUGUGGUGUUUUGGCAAUCAAAGCAACCAGCACGCGUUGAAUCUGUAUUAAAGAGUGUGUAUAAAAAUACCUCUAAUGUAGAUGAUUAUCUUGUAGAAUCAAUUACAAGACCAGCAGCUGAUCCUAAUGCUGGAGAAGUUUAUUACAGAUUAAUGUCUCGGUUUAUGUUAAACCAGACCCAAUACACCUUGAACAGCGUCUUGAGCCAACUAAGAUGCCCGUUGUUAUUGAUUUGGGGGGACUUAGAUCCAUGGGUUGGGCCUAGCAAGGCUAAUCAAAUCAAAGAUUUUUAUCCUAAAACAACUCUCGUAAACUUACAAGCUGGCCACUGCCCUCACGAUGAAGUUCCAGAACUAGUUAAUACAGCUUUAGUGGAAUGGCUGUCAUCUUUAACACCAGAAAUCUCUCGUCAGAAUUCGUAGUAAUAUUCAUAUUUACACCAUUACUCCCCGUAUUUGCUUAAUGGUAUUACAUGUAAAUGAAAAGUACAUUCAUUGAUCAAAGCUCCUGACUAAAGCUUUCUUCACGACGUGAAAGUAAGAAAUCGGCCAUCACAGAGCCCUUCCGAGGCAGAAAGAACAGAUUAAGGGACUAUACCAUCAUGUCACGGUCAGUGAAGCUAUAUUUGAUAUGAACUUAUUUAUUUAACGUUGAUUCAUAUGCAUGCUUUGGCUGGAGGAGAAUUGGUAGAUUUUUCUUCUGAAAGAGGUAGAUAGAACCUGCUUUAGUGAUUUGCCAUAUAUGUAAUAUAAUUAAUGUCAUUUGAAAAUGAACAAAAGAAAAAAGGAAAUUGAUAAAUCCCAUUUAUGAAGAUUGUGCCUAUUCUGCU